CGGUGACGGUGGUGAUGGAAUUGGGCGACUUGACUCAGAGUUAACUGUUCAUUGUGCGCAGCAGGGGCUGUAGCUGCACCACAGGGCCGCAGAUUUACAACAGUGUGAAGAGCUUUGAGUCGCAGCCGAGCUUCUGCGGAUCAGAGGCAGGUUUUACCAAACAGCUGGACUGGACCGCUGAUCCGUCUGAGCGGAGGGAGGAAAAGGCCCCCAGCUGCUGACCUGAUCAGGCUGAAGAUGUUGGUUCUGAGCAUGUUUCUUCUGCUGGGACUGAGCUGGACAUGUCGGGCUGCAUCUAGUGAUCCAUGGGUUAAGUGUCCAGGCAACAGAAAGUGUAAGGACAAGUUUGCAGACGGGACAUGUGACAGAGCAUGUAUGGAGCCCCAGUGUCUCAGAGACGGCUUCGACUGCCUGAAGGACAAGGGACACUGCAAUCCAGGCCACAUCCAGUACUGCCGUGAUCACUACGCCAACUCCCACUGCGAGCAGGGAUGCGACAGCGCCCCCUGUGGAUGGGACGGCAGCGACUGCUUCACACACCAGAGCCCUGUAUGGGCUAAAGGCACCAUGGUCCUCCACACUAACAUCCCACUACAACGUGGCACCUUCUCCAACAGCUCCCUGCUCUGGGCGCUCAGCGUCAUCCUCCAGUCGACACUUAAACUGAGAGGGUCCGUCCCCCUCGACACCAACAAGAAACUGUUUGACUAUACCUCUGAGGAGCUCAUCGACCUGCUGGCUAAGACAACACCGGCUGACUCAAACGGCUCCCUCCUUUUCCUCGGAGUGGACAACAGGCCAUGCUCCCCAUCUACCUGUUUCCCCUCUGCCUCCGAGGCCGCCAGUUUCCUACGUGCUGUAAUGUUACUGAAGCCCACCUCGUUCCCCGCCCUCCCGGAGCUGAAGGCCGUCAUCGGUAUUAGAGGUGUGGAUAUAAGAACCGGAGAGGAGGAAACGGUGAAAAAGGAAGUCAAAGAGUCGAAACCUGUGUGGCUAUGGGCCGUGGUUGCCAUAGCAAUUGCCCUGUUGCUGUUGCUUCCCCUGGUGGUGUUCCUUGUGGUGAGGAGGGUGAGACAGCAGCGGGCGGAGAGGGAGGUCAAUAACAGGGUGAGACACCGGUCUACGGUCACCGACAACGACGGCAAAGCCAAGUCCUGGACACCACACGCAGCCCACCAAGACCAACGGGUCAGAUCCAGCAGGGAGAAGGACAAAAUCAGCCUGAGGAAAAAGAAGAAAGCCAAGGAAGCAGAGAAAAAGAGGCGGAGGGAGCCCCUGGGCGAGGACGCCAUUCGAAUGCGGCCUCUCAAAAGGGACCAGGAUAUAGGAAGUGACACAGACUUUACCCAGAGUUCAAUGGAAGACAUCAAUGCUAGAUGCUCCAGACGAGAGGAGGAAGCCUCCAUCUGCGACCACAGGACCCAGGAGCAGAAACACUACCGAAAUGGACCCUCACAGUCCCGCAGACCCAUACAACCUCCACCUAGAGGAUGGGAGAGAAACGCCAUGCCUCCUCCUCUGCUCAGUCCUCCUCAGCAGUCGGCAGAGUGGUGUGGCCCAGAUGGGUCUGUGGUUCUGAUUCGAGCCGUGCGUAGCGGUCUGGACAGAGUGGUUUUGGAGCUGCUUCGAGCAGGAGUACCAGUUAACAACACUGAUCAUACUGGGAGAUCAGCCCUGCACUGGGCAUGCUCAGUAAAUCACCUCUCCCUAACAAGGACCCUCAUACGCUAUGGGGCCGCUGUAGACCUGCAAGACAACAAGGGCGAGACACCGCUCUUCCUCUCUGCCCUCCAUGGUUGCUAUGACACUGCCAGACUCCUCCUCCUUCAUGGUGCCAACCUUGAGCUGCGUGAUCGAAGGGGACGUCGACCGAUCGACGUGGCCAGAGAAGGCAUGCGCCACCAGAUCCUGGAGCUCCUACUAGCUCACCAAAUUCAGAGAGGGCCUGUUCCCAUCGACUCGGCCAACGACAUGAUGUGGGAGGAGCGCGCUCUGAUGUACUCGCCAUGGGUCGGAGCACAAGGCCUGCCUGGAAGAAGCGCCUCCUUCUCUGGGAUCGUAGGACAUCGAGAUAUGACCCCGCCGCCACAAAAUGAUUGGUCGAUGAACAGAGUGCAGUACCCCUGUCCUCAAAACUGGCGACCACAGCUCAACCAAUCAGCAACAGCUUUGGUCCCGCCAAGAGUCAUGGGCCGUUCCCCUCGACCAAUCAGCACCUUACAGGAGGUGACCUCAGAAGACGAGGAUCGUGACAGGCAUCAGGAAGCCCCCAGAGCUGUGACGCCUCACUUCCUGUCACCCCAACCAGCCCCUCGCCAGCGUUCCUUUUCCUGCACCCAGCAUGCAUUGCAGCGUCGCUCCAGUGCCCACCAGCCAGAGCCCAAUUAUAUUAUUGUGACAGACAGAACAGCCAUUGAGCCCAUAGAGAGAGUGGUUGUUUCACCUCCCACAGAUGCUGCCACCCAAUCAGAUCGCCAGCCAGUUGUAAAUGGUGAUAGAGCAGAUCCCCACAGAGCAGAACAAGCAGCGGUGAGUUCAACAAACACAGAGCAGAAAUCUAGAGGUGAGAGGUCAAACAACACUAACGACUCCACACAGACAGCCUUGUAGAGAAGAGGAAAAAGCAAUGAAACUUCAGCUGCCUUUCCAUUCAGCCCAUAAGAAUAGGAGAAUGAUGAUUGCGGUGGUUUAAUAGACCUAAGUUGAGAGGGGCACUGAGUUUUAGUUUGGCAUCAGGCCUAUCUUGUUAAUCCCAAUGCAAAGCAGAGGGCUUACCAGUAGGCCCACAGCUGGAAGGGGUCCAGCUUGUAUUUACUGUAAUUUGGGAGUUAAUGAUUUUCCAAUAUACAUCUGUUGGGUGUCACAUGACAGAUUUGCUUGUUAAAUUACUUAUUUGUUACAUUCCUGUCAAAUUAAUACUCAGCAGCACUUGGAGAUGUUCCAGCCCGAACAACCCCUUCUGUUUUCAUUCAGCCUUGCCCUAAAUUAUUAUUAUUAUUAUUAUUAUAUUUUUACUAGAGAGGAGGAUAUUAAUUGUAAAUUUUAUGUUACAUGGCACAGUCAAAUAGGUGAUGGAGCAUGUUUGACAUGAAUGCCAAUCAAAUGUGAUGAAUCUGGCAGUCAGUCUGCAACUGAACUACAGUGUGUUCACAUUGUCUUCACGUGUAACAGGUUACAUUCUGUUUAUUGGAGAAAUAUUGAAGGAGAGAUUUAAAAAAAAAAAAA